AUGUUGAUGGGCAGCAUUGGGUUCCAGAUGCUCAUGUUCUACUUGGUUAACUGGCCCGACCGCGAUAUCCAGCGCUAUUCCUGGCAAGUGAUCAGCCAAACCAUCUCCAUUUUCUGCGCUGUGCUGCUUUUUCAAGGAUGCAAUGGUUUGGUGGAGGAGCACUUCAUCAAAGGCAGUUCACCUCCCAUGGAGGUUGCCGUGGACAUGGGUCAAAUGCUGUUCUGGCUCACGUGCAUGCAGAUCGUGUUGGCGGUGACCAGCGGUGCCCUGAACGAGUACUUCGGUGCUGAGCCAGACAUGGAGAAGGUUGAGCUCAACCUGAAAAGCUGGUCGGUGUUGUUUUCACAUGUUGCUGGGUUUGCAACAAUCAACGCAUGGGGCUCGAUCCAACAGGAGUACUUCAGCGGUUCUCCUCUGCAAGCCCUGAUGGUUGUGCCAAUAGGCUACACUGGCUUGAUCAUCAUAUAUCAUUUCUUCGACAUUGUUCGAGAACACGUUUCCCACAUGGACGAUGACGUGAAGGAUGAGUUCGAGGAGAAGUGGGACGAGGAGACCGAGGAGGCAGAGAACGACGUCGCAGGUUUGAGUCUUUCCUUCCUCACUGUGCAGGCACUCCGCUUUGCCAUAAGUGGCCUUCUACCGAAUCAAGAGGGCAAUGAAAGCUCGUCCGAUGCCUUUUCGCACUCUUCCAGGCAAUGUCACAUCUUGAUGGGUUGCGGUGUGGGGUUCUUCGUGCUGUCAAUCUCUGUUGUGAACUUAGAGCGCUUGUGGGAGGAGCCUUCAAAAAGGAUGGAGAGGGUGAUUGAGAUCCUCAACAACUACUUUACGUUUGGCUUGUCGUGGUGCUUCUUCUACGGCGUGCGAUGGGGAAUGUCAGCUGCGCGAUUCACAGAUGAGAACGCCCUCUUGAUGGUUUCCAUAGCGCUCUUCCUGUCAGUCGUGUCGUUUCUCACGAUUUUCAUUCUGGACAAGGUUGAGGACAACCACCUAUUUGGUGAGGACUCCGAGAUUGCAGAAGGAGCGACCGAGAAGAUGAUUUCAGGUCUGGGCAUCCUCAUCGGAUUCUCUUGGGAGCAGAGCUUCGACACGGCAGUUGAUGUUGUGGCAGAAGGACUGAAGCACGAGUGCCCGCCCCUCAUCUCGAAGAUGGUGAUGUCGGUGAUCCUGGUGCUGAUCGUAUUUCCAGCAUGGCGCAUCUACAUACUGCCGAUGGAAAGAGAACUCUCUGAGGAAAUGACUGAAGAAGGUGGCAAGAAAGCUCUUCUGAAGCAGUACGCGCAGCAGCACUUUGACUUGUUCCUGCAUAAUGCGACAGAUGAGGAUGAUUUGGACAAAGCGCACCUGCUCAUGAAGCGGCACAGAAGGAACGCGCAUGGUCUCCAACACCCAGGUCAUGGCGUUCCUUCCGGCCUCAAGCACCUCAUGGUGACAUCGUCUGGAAUUGUGGAGGUGGAUGCACCAGAAGAACAUGACCGCCAAGAGAAGCAGGGUGAGAAGAAGAAACGCAAAAACGCUGCUCACCAGAAAGAUCUCGCAGUGAGCUUAUUGGGCCCUUAG